UUUAAUCUUGAGUGAAGAAGAAACCCCCGGAAAUGGAAUACAGAGCACUCUUUCUUCAGGUCUCUGACGGCCACUUUAAACGGGCUCUGGAGUCGAGGAACGCGGCGACAAAAGUUCCCCAAGUUCUCGAUUGGUGUGGAACCAGCUCAGCACUCUCAGGUUUGAGCAUCACGGGAAAAAAGGCCUGUAACUUUCGUCAGGCUUGCUCACCGUUAGUCAGAUCCACGGAUAAGCAGUUGGACAGCAGCCAUAAGAAGAUGAGGAACCAAGUUUGAGCGAGUCGUUGUGAAAACCUCAAGCGCGCCAUGGCCACCAAGGCGCUUCUGGACCUGUCGGCCAACUGGCGCAUCGUGGUCGGAAUGCUGGCCAACUUGCUGUCGUCCAUCUGCAUCGUGUUUAUCAACAAGUGGAUCUACUUGCACUACGGCUUCCCCAACAUGACGCUCACCCUGGUGCACUUUGCGGUCACCUGGCUGGGCCUGUUUGCGUGCCAGACAAUGGACGUUUUCUGCCCCAAGAGGCUGCCGCUGCGCAAGAUCGGAUGGCUGGCGCUGAGCUUCUGCGGCUUUGUGGCCUUCACCAACUUGUCGCUGCAGAACAACUCCAUCGGCACGUACCAGCUAGCCAAGGCCAUGACCACGCCCGUCAUCAUCCUCAUCCAGACGGCCUACUACAAGAAGACCUUCUCCAACAAGAUUAAGCUCACGAUGGUCCCGAUAGCAAUCGGUGUGGUGUUGAACUCGUACUACGACGUGCGCUUCAAUGCGUUGGGGACAAUUUUUGCCACCUUGGGUGUUCUUGUGACAUCACUCUACCAAGUGUGGGUAGGAGCAAAGCAACACGAGCUCCAAGUCAACUCCAUGCAGCUUCUGUACUACCAGGCCCCUUUGUCGUCAGGCGUCCUGCUGGCCAUUAUCCCGUUCUUUGAGCCGCUCACAGGAGACGGAGGAAUAUUUGGACCGUGGUCCCUUCCCGCUCUGAUUACGGUGCUUUUCUCCGGGGUGGUGGCGUUCCUGGUCAACCUGUCCAUCUACUGGAUCAUUGGAAACACGUCAGCGGUUACCUACAACAUGUUUGGCCAUUUUAAAUUCUGCAUUACCCUGGUAGGAGGAUACGUUCUCUUCCAGGACCCUCUGUCACUCAACCAGGCUAUGGGGAUCCUGUGUACUCUGGCGGGAAUCCUGUCGUACACUCACAUCAAGCUGGCCGAACAAGCGGAGGGAAAGAGUCGGCUGUUUCAGACGUCACAGGCCUACCCAGCUGUCACUCGCAAGCGGGAAAUCCCAUGAGGGAUGUUUAUUUUGUGAUGAGUAUUUUUUCUAUACCAGUAUAUAUAUUUUUUGACAGGAUGAAAUGCGUGGCACUUCUCCCACGGUGCUGUGUUCCAGAAGAAUGAAAUAAGUAUCUCACAAUAUACAAGGCCGACUGUGGCAGCACACAAGUUGUGAGAUUGGAAAAAAAGUGAUGAAAAUGAUGCUUUAAUCACCACAAAUAAUGUAUCCUUGUCCACCUAUGCCAGUGACUUUCAGAAAUGGACAGAACAAUUCCAUGCUCCUCGACUGGAUGGCGGAAGAUACAAUUGACAUAUCCUUCCAGUCCACUUGCUAAAAUAUGGGGAGUAAAGUAACACUAGAGCAUUACUGUGUCACUGUACUGUUUAACUUGUGUUUUUGUUUUUUUUAACUUGUAUAAAUGUAAGAAUGUGCCUCUCACCAUAUGACACGGGCAUAAAUAGUUGAACAAAGAUACGUUAUUUGUAGAAAUUACGUGCAUUUUGAGACUAAUUAAGGGAUGGGAUAAUUUCCUAAGUCACACUAUCUUGCUAGUCAUUUAAUUGAAGAAAAAAAUAGAUCCUCAAUAAGUGUGACGUCGGGGAACACGGAGAAAAACAACAGUUCACACUUACAAUUGGAAACGACAAUAUAGAGUGUCCAAUGAACAUAUAAUGCAUGUUUCUGGAAUGUGCGGAGAAACCCAUGACCGCUCUACUGUGAACAUUCAUGAUUCCAUUCAUGUUUGGUAAACGAUUUCACAGUGCAAUGACCUACGCAAAAUAAAGAAGUAUCAAAUGUUCGCUUUUAAA